GCGAGUUUUGCGGCAAGAUAGUGCACGCACUCGCAUUUGCGCAAGUAUUUGGGCAUUAAGAUCAUUGUGUGCGCACGGACUUUUUAAGCCUUGCGUCACAGUUCACAUGACUUGUAAACAAAUGAUAAACGUCAAAAUUUUUUAUCGAACAAAAUAUAAUCUUUGCAAUGUGAAGUGAUUUGUUUACAGUGUCGCGUAGAUUUAUAAACACAAUUCAAUCAUGAAAACCAGUGAUUUGUGUUUGGAAAAGGACAGUAAAUGUGCCGAAGUGAAUCGAAAUGCCAUAAUUUUCGAAAACAGUAAGCUAACCUAUGUGGGUCAAGACUGCUCGCGUAUUCCAUCUUCAUUGAUACAAGUGUAUGCACCAAGUGUGCAUUAUAUGGACCUUAGCUUCAACCAACUCUCAACUCUUCAGGGCCUUGAACAAUUCACCUUGUUGAAAGAACUGGUGUUGGACAACAACAAUUUAACAGAUACAUUGUGCCUGCCACGUUUGCAGCAUUUGCAUACACUUUCCCUCAAUAAGAAUAAUAUUGUCAACUUAGAGCUCCUGCUGAACAAAAUAUCAAAUAAUUUGCCAGCGUUACGAUACCUGAGCCUUUUGGGGAAUGUAGCAUGUCCAAAUCAGCUGUCAGACAUGGAAAAAGAUGAAGAGGACUACCAUAGAUACAGGUACUAUGUACUAUAUAGACUACCUAAUCUUCAGUUUCUUGAUUCAACAAAGGUAACAACUGAAGAGCGUUUGGAAGCUAGUCGCAGAGGUCAGUUGAUGAAGGUGGUCUGCCCCACAAAUGUGGAAGGUAGAGAUGACUCGCCUGCAACCUUCAAUUCCAAGUACACACCACUACCAGGUUCUAAGCGAAAUAUUGGAGAUCAUCAAGGUGCAUAUGGUAAAUGUCGGUAUCGCUACUCUGGGAAACACUCUGAAGGGAAUCGUUUCAUUAAGAAUAAUGACCUUUAAGAAAUUGAAGCAAGACAUGCAGCUGGUGUCACUGUAAAUUUAAUGUGGUAUUGUCAUUAUCUUGCCUUCUCUCCUUGCACUUCUCUCAUAAUCAUUAAGUUACUUUCCCAUAGCAUAAUCAAACAGUGGAAACUCCAGGCUGGAAAAUUAACAAUAUUAGGAAAAGGAUAGAUUGCUCCUCACUGUAAAGAUGGCCCAUUGAAUUGUAGUCAGGCAGAACAAAAAGAUUGUUACACGUCACAGCUUUUGGCUAAAGCCUUUUCCAGCAAAGAAAACACGGACUUGCUUGUGUAAAUGUGUAUGUGUGUUUCUUUGCUGAAGAAUGCUUUGCCCAAAAGCAAUUAUGUGUAACAGCUUUUUGUUGUGCCUUUCCCGUAUUUUUUCUUGCUGGACAGAGCAUAGUGGUCAUCAGUAUUUCAUGUUUUACAGAACUUAUUUUAAUUGUAAAUGAGAGCUUAUGUUCAAUGUAUCAAAAAGAAAAUCCACUUACUAGCUUACAUUCUGUGGCAUACAUGUGUGAAGUACAUUUCUUGUAUAUUAGCACACUAUGAGAGUACACUUUUAUGUUGCACACAUUGCUCAAACCAACCAUGACAUGAUGUGGUAUGUCAUUUUAUAUCCUGUUUAUAUAUAUUUUUUCAGCUACCUCAUAUUUACCAACCUAGUAUGAAAUAUUUACUGCUUCAGAUAGACAAAAAGAAAGGAAUUCCCCCCUUGAUGCCUAGUGCCCUGUAAUCCAGUGUAAUUGAGGUAGGCACUGAUACAUUACAACAGUAAAAAGAACUGGUGUUAGUGAAUAUUUUCUGUUAUUCUGACAUGAGGUUACCUCUGCAGGCCUUUGUUAGAUUUCCAAUGAUAUGAAAUUAAUAUCUGUUAAUUAUUAAUGGCAACAGUGUCUGCGUUUCUGCAGUAACUGCAUUUAUUAAAAUACAAUGUCCUUCAGACAUGCAUGCAUGUCUGAACAAACAGACACCGUCUUUGAUGAUUUGCAGCUGUGGGAAUUAUGAAAUGGAUUAACAUAUCAUGAAUAUGUAUUAGCUUCGGCAACUUGUAACAAAUGAAAAUUUGUGCUGGAUGGGGACUCGAAUCCAGAUUUCCCACUUGUCAUCAGCAGUUGCCUUAAUCACUUCGGCUGUCUGAGCAUGCCCUCAUUGCCGGUCCAAACCUUGGCUAUCCGAGGUUCAGAUCGGUACUGGGGGCAUGCUUGAAUAGCUGAA